AUGAUAAAAAUACUAUUUUUUUUUAUUUUUCAAGUUUUUAUAAUUUCUGCCAUAAAUGUUAAUUCAAUUAAGCAUAAGUAUUUUUCAACAAUCAGCCAUGUAGGCUUGCCACUAAAUCUUCAGGCAAACAAGCAAAGAAAAUUAUCUUAUAUAGACCUGAGGAGAGACAAAAGAGAAGAUAACAAAGGAAAUAUUCUAAGUGUCAAUAAAAAUUAUAAAAAUAAUUUUCCAUUUCAAAAUGUAAGUUUUCUAGGGCUUAUGGGAAUAACAGGACUUUCAGUUCCUUUAAUUUAUGCAAGUUUAAUGGUAUAUAAUAAAUUAAUAAAUAAUAAUAAAAAUUUAAGUGAUUCUGAGAAAAUAUUGGGAAAAUAUUUAUAUAAACAUGAUAAUAGUAUAGUGGCAAAAAAUAUAUAUGAUAACGAUAAAUCAUUUAAUAUAUUUUAUAUAAUAACUAAUAUAUAUUAUAAUUUAUUAGCAUAUGUAAAUUUUUAUAUAAAUGCAAAAAAAGUUAAAACAAAAGAAAAUGGAAAUGAUUAUACUAUAUUAUUUUUCCAUUCAUAUAAUGUUGAUAAAUUUUUACAAUCCCGAAAUAUUAAAACAUAUGUAGACAGAUUAAAAGAAACAUAUAAACUGAUAAAUAAAAAUAAUAAUGUUAAUAUUGUUUAUGUACCUUUAGAUAAUAAAAUAUUAUUUAACAUAAAACAUUUUAGUUUGAUGAAUAAUUGGUAUAGUGUAAUAUUUAACGAUAAACAACAAGUUUUAAAAUUAAUAAAAAAUUAUAAUAUUAUGAAUAUACCUACUAUGGUAUUAUUAGAUAAAAAUAUGAAUGUUGUAAAUGACAAUAUAAAUUAUUUAUUAUUAUAUAAUAGUAAAGAUUUUCCAUAUGAAAAUACAAAUAGCUUGACAUACAUAAAUAAUAUAUAUGAUCAAAAUAAUAAUCAGCAUAAUUUUAAAAAAUUAGAUUCAGAUUAUGUUAUUUUUUAUUUUAAUAAUGAUAAAGAAAAUAAACAAGACAUCGAAACAUUGAUUAAAAUUAAAAAUAACUUAUCGAAAAAUAAUAUAAAAUUGGAUAUAAUUUUUAUAAAAGAUAUCCAAAGGAAGCCAGAAAAGACAAACUCUAGUCAACCCAAUUCUAGUGGUGUAAAAAAUGAGCAAAAUGAGCAAAACGAGCAAAACGAGCAAAAUGAAAAAACAAAUUAUAUGAACGAAAUAUACCAUUUAGGAAAAGAAGAAAAUAAUUCAAUUUACAAACUUUUACUUUAUGACACAUUUGAUGUUACAUUUAAGCCUAUAAGUAUUUUAGUUAAUAAAAAGGGAAAAAUAUUAAAUAAAUAUAUUAACGUUAAUAAAAAAAAUAAUGAUAUAUCAAAUUUUAUAUUGAAUCAUCAUAAAAGUUUAAAAGAAAAAGUUAAUGAAAAUAAUUAUAUUUAUAAAUAUGAUAAUAUUAGUAACUUAACCAAUUUAAAUGUAUUUGCUCCUAUUUUUAUUUUAUUUUUGGAUAAAUUAGAUUUUAAUUUAUUAAAUACAUACAACGAAUUAAUAGAAAUAUAUAAUCAAAAUAGAAAGGGAAAAAAAAUUAAUUUUUAUUUAGUACUUAAUGAUGAUAAAAAAUAUGAAGCUUUGAAAAAUCUGUGCUCAGUUAAUAAUACAACACAAGUUGCUAUUUUAGAUUUGUUCAAUCAAAAAUUAUUUAAAGAAAAUGUUAAUAAUAUUAAUAUUAUACAAAAUGUUGAUGGAAAAUAUAAUAUAAACAAGGACAAUUUUUUUAAAUUUCUUAACAAUUUUUAUAGCGACGAUUUAUAUUCUUCACCUAUUGUUUUAACAAAACCAUCCAUAUAA